UGUAACAACACUCUCGGGAGGAUAAUGGCUGGCUGGGGCGCAGCUUCCAUAUCAUUGAAAGUCGCCUUAAUCGUUCUUUGUCUCGCAUUCGUGAUCUUUAUUAUUGGGUUCGCGACCAAAGGAUGGGCCAAAACCGAGUACCCAUCAGAGAUAGUGGAAAUCUCUCGCAGAAUUCCUAUCUAUGUAGAACUGGAGCUGGGUCUUUGGCGGUAUGAAUAUUGCAACAAGGCACGAUAUGACUAUCGGUACAGGGAUAAUGAUAUCAGAAGGUACAAUAGAAAUAGACACUUCGUGUGUACUACCAAUGACAUCGACCUAUUUAUUGGAGGACUCAGAUACUGUGCAGACUGGUACCGGGCAGUGCAGGCGAUGGAGUGCCUGGGGUUGAUCCUGAUGGCGGGAGCCUUAAUUCUGCUCUUCCUCUAUUUCUUUGUCGAUUCUAUUAAACAGAAGAAAUACUUGUAUAUCAUCAUUGGAUUAACAUUUGGCGCAGUGGUAUGCAUUGUAAUUGGUGUGGCGGUUUUCGGGUCUAAAAUCAAGGAGACAACUUAUGUGUUUUACUUGUACAAACUUGGCUGGUCCUUUGGUUUGGCGGUGGCUGGCGCCAUUUUGGCAUUUGUUGCGGGAAUCGCAGAAAUUGUAGAGCUCCGGAAGUGAUUUGAUUGUUGUUUGGAAGUUGUUUGAUUUCCGGUUUUACAGAUGGAUCUUUCCUGUCUCAGCUGUUUAAAACAGAUUUGAGUGCAGUUCCGAUAAAAGACUUUAUAAUCAAACUCUAAUUUGUCGCAUGCCAGUGACUUAUAGAAUGACUAUUGCAUUUUCAGGUACUGAAUUACGCUUUCAGAGUGCCUUUUUGACUUUCAGAGUGCCUUCGUUAACUUGAAAGCAUCUUUUGAUGUAGUGCUUUAUCUAAAGGGUGUGUGCAUAUAUUUAUAAAAAAAAAAUUUUAUUGCAUCCAAGAAUUACAGAGAAAUAAACAAUUUUUAAUAAUUUCGGCCACAUUUUGGCCUACCCUUUAAUUUGUCAAAUACUUGCAAAGAUCUUCCAGGAAUAAAACGAGCAUCUUAAUUAAA